AUGUGGGUGACCCGGCUACUCCUUCCUUCUGUUGAGCUCUGUUGCGUUUCCUCCCCACAACAGCCCAUCGCCAUGCGUCCACAUGGACCGGCCAUCUUCACGACAGACUCGCUCUCUCUGCGCUCCUUCCGCGUAGACAAGCACCCACCCCACCCUCCGUCCCUCAAAGCCUCCUCUCUCCGCUCAAAGGCGUCCGCGACAAACCCUUUUGCGGCCCUCCUGCGCGGCCGCACCACAACAGCUAAAUAUCAGGAGCCAACGCUCAAGGAUCUCGAAGGAGAGGACGAGGAGUUUCUGCAGAUGGGUGUCCUCCCAGACCUGCCCAAAAUGCCAGCACAAACCAAGAUGCUCGCCACCGCCGGCCCCACACCCCCAGUAGCCGACCCACCGCGCACCAAACCACGCACAGGGCUCAUCCGCAUGUUCACCAAACUCAAGCCUCGCUCGUCUCCCUCCACCUCUCCCUCUCCUUCACGCGGCCGCGGCGCGCGCUCACCCGCCCGCCCGCCCCCGUCACCCAACGCCAACGCAGCCAUGAAGGAGCAGCGCGAAGCCGCCCUGCGCGCUCGCGGCCUCCUCCCGCCCCUCCGCCCCAACAAGGACCUCUCCCAGCAGGAGGCAGAGCAAGACGCACACAUCCCCGUCGUCGCCCUGCCGUCGCUACCGUAUGGGCAGAGAGGGGAGUCGGCGUCUGAGUCUUCGCAUGAAGGAGGGAAUGUGAAUGUGGUGGUGCAAGAGUCGGCGGCGGAUAUGAUCAAGAGGGAGUGGGAGGCGCGCAACAAGUCGCUCGAGCGUGAGCGCAUGAGCAAGUUCCGGUUUGGUGGGUCGGCGCCGUCGUCGCCUGCGCCUGACGCGGUGGGCUUCCCUAUGUCCUCCGCACCAUCUACGUCUCCAUCCCCAGAGAAUGCCCCACGUCCCCUCCCACCUCCGCCUUCCAUACCCCUGCCUUCACCCCCCACAUCCUCUCUACCCACCCCACCCCUCUCUCCCGUAUUCCACACCGCCCCAACCUCACCCUUGUCCCCAUCUCUCCGCCCUCUACCCCUCGCCCCGGCGCCACUCAUGAUCGACGCUGCAUUGGCCGCUGGGACUCUACCACACUUCCAAGUGCAUUCGGAAGCGCAAGCGCAAGCGCACCCGGAAGCACUGUCCGAGCCGAGAGACAGAGAGCCGGAACCGUAUAUGUUCCCGUUGCCGCCCUCGCCUUCGCCGUCGAGGCGCGACGAGGACGGUGGGGAUGGGUUCUUCCCUAGUGUUAGGUUGGUGUCGAGUGAGGGGAGGGAUAGUGUGGAUGAUGCUGGUGUGGAUGCCGGUGCUGCUGUAAAUGGGGACGCAGAGGCGUUUGGUGGUGGUGGAAAGGGAGAGGCGAGUGGUGGUGGAGACUCAGAGGCGAAUGUGUUGAGCACGAGCGUGCCGGUGGUGGUGCCAUCGGUGGUCCUACACUCGCCUCAAGAUUCUCUAGUUCUGGCUCCAACUACGACUACGGCGGAGGCGAACGCGUCGGUCGUUGAGGUCCUACCAGAACCGCAUUUCCCAACACAGACGGUGGAGGUGGUGCAAGAAAUCGAGCUCCCACCACCACCCGAAGAUGUGUCUGUUUCCGCCACCCCGAGCGGCGCGUGCACCCCGCGUCCUGAACACUUGCAUGGGCUCUCUCCAUCGCAUACGCCAACGCAGGCGCAGACGCCUACACCAACGGACGCGACUGACGCGGUGCGCGAGGCGUGGGCGGCUGCGAGCGCGAUACCGACGCCGACGACUGCUACGCCUACUACUGCUGGGGCUGGGGGGGUGUCGUCGCCUCCACCAGCGGGGAUUUUGAAGGAGGGUGAGGACGUGGUGGUGGUCGACGGGGUGGUGGAUGAGGAUAAGGAUAAGGUUGAAGUUGGGGUAAAAGAGAGCGAAGCCGAGAGAGAAGGUCAAGAUAAGGACGCCCGCGACCCUGCUAUCAACACGAGCACCAUCGCAAGCACAUCCGCCGCAGAAGCAGAAGACGUCAUACCCCCAUCCGCCUCCGAGCCCGCCCUCUCUUCCUCCGCAUCCCUCUCCCAAUCGAUAUCUGCGUCGGCCUCCCAGUUAACAUCUCCGUCCGCCUCCGCCUCCGCAGCAGCCUUCCACGCCCGCACAGACUCGUUCGCCGCCCUCGAAGAGACCAUCUCAGGUUCCUCCUUGGUCGCACCGUCCUUAUCCUUCGACAGCAGCACCGAUGCCUCCGCCUCCACUUCCGAUAGCACCUCUUCGCUAGCUAGUGCGCCGUCCUCCUCUCUCCCUCCCUCCUCCCUCCGUUCUUCCUCACUUCCCUGUUCUACGAACACUGAUGCGUCUUCUGCUGGGUCAACGACCGUGUCCGCCCCAACGCCCCAUGUAAAACCGAUAGGGAUAGGGAAGUUGGGUGGGCUGGUGGUGAAGACGCACGAGGGCGGCGUCGUGCCUGUGAUCGUGGAGAGCCCGGUGGUGGAGGGCUAUCGGUUCGUGGUGCAGGAGGGGCUGGAGGCGGUCGUUGAGGUGGAGGAGGAUGCACCGGGGGCUGUGGGUGUGGGUGUUGAGGAGAAAAAGAUCGAGGAGAAGGUCGAGAAGGUGGAAAGGGCGGAAGGGUUGGCGUCAGUCGCUGAGGAAGAAGACGAUGAGAAGAAAGAGGCCGAGGAGAAGGACAAGAUAACGGACCCCCGACCCUCAACAGACACAGGCGCGUCCCUCUCCGUCUCCUCCGCCGGCACACACGCGCCGAUGGUCGAGAGCGUCAGCGCGUCCAUGCCUCCCCUCGCUCUCGCUUCUUCAGCUGCGACCCCAUCAAGCCCUACGAAAACCACCGCCUCUGCGCCUAACCCUUCCAGUUCAUCGUCGGCACAGGGCCAUGUUCAUCCCCCACAGGCGGGGCGGGCACCAAAGAGAGGCGUGACGGACCCUGUGGGCAUGCUGGAGAAGGCGGAGAAGCGGAAGAGCAUGAACCCGUUUAGCUUUAAGCGCGGGCAGAGCCAGUACGUUAAGGGCGCUGGUGGGGGUGGGGGUGUGGGCGCUGGUGUGGGCGCUGGUGGUGGUGAAGAGGGAGCAAGUGAAGGAGCAAGGCAAGGCGCACGGGGGCCUGCAGAGAGGUUAGGCUCGAAGAAGCUGAGUCUAUCGAACAUGCGGCGCUCUGUUAUCGGCACACUUUCUCGCCCAAAGAACACCACCUCUUCCACCGCCUCCUCCGACCCCUCCUCUGAUGCCAACCCAACACGAGGACGCCUAUUCGACGCCUCCCACCUCCCCACCUCGCCCACCCUCCCCUCGUCCUUCCGCUCUGCCAUGACCACUGGUAUGACAUCGAGAACAUACGCCCACCCGCACCCGCCGAGGAGCCCGACGCUCAGCCCCCCACCGCCCGUGCAGCGACGCGCGGUGUCCCCGGUGAUGUAUAAUAGGGGGAGUAUAUUGAUGGAGACGAGCGCGAUUGAGGACGAGGAGAGCAGGCAGUUGACGGAGAUGGCGUUCCUGGGGUGA